CUGCCCUUUAGUCCCGGGCUAGGUGUUGCGGCAGGCGCCAUUUUAUCGAGCCGCCGGUCUCGGGUGCCGCCAUGUUGGUGAGGAGAAAUCACCGUUACGGCCACUGUCCAAAUCCCCGCGUCGGUGCACGCCGCCCGGCUGCUCCCAAGCCUCAGCCACCGGCGGCGAAUAGAGACUAAAGCGGCAGCGCCGGCAGCGCGGGGCCGUGGCCCAGUGUUUGCAGUUAGAGCCCCACCUCUCUGGCGUGGUUGUUAAUAGACUGGAAAGUCUGUGUCUGUGUCGCUCACUAGUAACCGUGAGUUUUUACCACUUCGUCACCUCUCGGCGGCGGCCGGGAGCAGGUACCCGCAGGCGGCGCAGGGAGCCUCCCCGCGCCCCGCCGCCGCCGGCCUCGCAGACCUGCCCUCCAGCCCCGCCCCGUUCUUGACCAAACAUGACAGACUCUGAACAUGCAGGGCACGACAGAGAAGAUGGUGAAUUAGAAGAUGGUGAAAUAGAUGAUGCAGGAUUUGAAGAAACACAAGAACAGGAAGUGAAGGAGGAUGAAAAGCAGAAAAAUGAGAAAGUCUACAGAAAAUCAAGGAAAAAACACAAGAAAGAAAAAGAGAAGAAAAAGUCCAAAAGGCGAAAACGUGAGAAACAUAAGUAUAAUUCUCCAUCCAGUGAUGAUAGUUCAGACUACAGUGUUGAUUCAGAGGUUGAACAUACAGAAAGUUCCCACAAAAAAAGAACUGGUUUCUACAGGGAUUAUGACAUUCCAUUUCCUCAGCAUGGACAUAUAUCAGGAAGCUACAUGACAUCAAAGAAGAGUCAACAUAACAGAAAAUUUAAAAGUAAAGAAUAUGAUGAAUACAGUACCUACAGUGAUGACAACUUUGGUAACUACAGUGAUGACAACUUUGGUAACUACAGUCAGGAAACAGAGGAGGAUUUUGCCAGUCAGCUGAAACAAUACAGGCAAGCUAAAGAAACCUCAAAUACUGCUUUAGGAUCAUCAUUUUCGAAAGAACCAGGGAAAAAACAAAGAUUGAAAGGAAUUCAGCAAGGUAUUGAACAUAGGGUUAAAAGUUUUAAUGUUGCUCGUGGACGUGGUUUGCCGAAGAAAAUCAAACGCAAAGACCGUGGAGGAAGGACCAAUAAGGGGCCUAAUGUGUUUUCAGGAACAGAUGACUUUCAAGAGUACAGCAAACCAGGGAAAAAAUGGAAGGUUAUGACUCAGGAAUUUAUUAAUCAGCACACAGUGGAACAUAAAGGAAAACAAAUCUGUAAAUACUUUCUGGAAGGGAGAUGUAUUAAGGGAGAUCAAUGUAAAUUUGAUCAUGAUGCAGAAUUGGAGAAAAGAAAAGAGAUCUGCAAAUUUUAUUUACAAGGAUAUUGUACCAAAGGAGAGAACUGCAUAUAUAUGCAUAAUGAAUUUCCAUGCAAGUUCUAUCAUAGUGGAGCAAAAUGUUAUCAAGGAGACAACUGUAAAUUUUCACAUGAUGACCUGACUAAAGAAACAAAGAAGCUUUUGGACAAAGUGUUGAAUACUGAGGAAGAACAUGCAAAUGAAGAUGAAAGAGAAUUAGAAGAACUUAGAAAGCGUGGCAUAACUCCUCUUCCCAAACCACCACCCGGAGUUGGGCUUCUGCCAACCCCACCUGAGCACUUUCCCUUUUCUGAUCCUGAAGAUGAUUUUCAGGCAGAUCUCUCUGAUGAUUUCAAGAAAAUUCCAUCUCUUUUUGAAAUAGUUGUAAAACCUACUGUGGAUUUAGCACAGAAAAUUGGGAAGAAGCCACCAGCAUUUUAUAACAGUGCCUCACCACCAGGACCACAGUUUCAGGAAGGCAGCCCACAUCCUCAGCAUAUCUAUAGUUCUGGGUCAAGUCCAGUUCACGGACCUAAUAUGUCUCAAGGACACAGUAGUCCUGUGAUGCACCCAGGCUCCCCUGGACAUCAUCCAUGUGCAGGACCGCCUGGUCUACCAGUGCCACAGAGCCCACCUUUGCCACCUGGUCAACCUGGAAUUGUAGGUCCUCACAAUCAAGCAGGAGUACUUGCUCAACCGGAUACACAUUUGGUACCACCAAGUAUGAGUGGCACUUACCAUUGCCUGGGCUUUCCAGAACACAUGAUGAAAGUACCUAGAGAGGAUCCCUGUUCUCCAGGUUCAUCACACCUGCAAAGUCCUGGUGAAAGGCAGCUUAAUACCAGUUAUGAGUCCCUUCAAAACCCAGCUGAGUUUUACGACAAUUACUAUGCACAGCAUGCUGUACAUAAUUUUCAGUCACCCAGUCACUCUGGUGAUGGGACGUGGCAUAGUGAAUUUGCCCAGCAUCAGCCUCCCAUUGUUCAAGACUCACCUCACCGUGGCAGUGCUUCUGACUGCAUCAGUAGUGUGACAGGCCAUGCCCCCCUGCCUGCUCCAGGCCUCCUCCCUGCAGUGCAGAGAGCUCUUUUUGUCAGACUCACUCAGAAAUACCCAGAAGAUGAAGAACCAGGCAGCACUCAGCCUCCAAGGGCACCAAGCAAGGAAGAAGAUGAUACUGUAAACUGGUAUUCCAGUAGUGAAGAGGAAGAAGGAAGCAGUGUAAAGUCAAUACUGAAAACAUUGCAGAAACAAACAGAAACUUUACGGAAUCAACAACCUUCCACAGAACUCAGCCCUCCUACUGAUCCAAGACUUGCUAAAGAGAAAAUGAAAGGAAACCAAGUUGUCGACCCUAGACUUAGGACUAUCUCAAGGCAAGACAUUAGAAAAUCUUCUGAGUCUGCCCCACUGGAUCUUAGACUUGUGUGGGAUCCCAGGAAAUUAAGAGGGAAUGGAAGUGGUCAGGUAGGCUCUUCCACUGGUGGAGCAAAGUUUGAUUUACAUCAUGGAAAUACUGGCCCUAAUGUCAAAGACAAAAGAGGAGAUGAUGAUGAUGAAGAUACAGAAAGAGAACUGAGAGAAAAAGCUUUCUUAAUACCUUUGGAUUCUUCCCCUGGGAUAAUGCUCCAGGAUCCAAGGUCACAACUGAGACAAUUUAGUCACAUUAAAAUGGAUAUUGUCCUAACCAAACCCAACUUUGCUAAACACAUCGUGUGGGCUCCAGAAGACCUACUUCCAGUCCCUUUACCUAAACCUGACCCAGUAUCUUCAAUCAAUUUACCUCUGCCCCCUCUUAUAGCUGACCAGAGGCUCAGUAGGUUGUGGAAUACAAAAAGCGAUCAUCAGAACACAGUGACCAUUGAUUCAAAAUUAGCAGCCAAAGCCAAAAUUAACCCAACAAACAGAGAAGGCUACCUAGAGCAAUUUGGAGACUUACAUAGCUCAGGAAGUAAAUUAGGCGAUCCUAGGCUGCAAAAAAAUUUUGAUCCUAGACUUCACAGACUGCAUAAUACUGAGUCUCAUCAAGCAGUUAUGAAGGAUUCCCAUUCAUCCAAGGGUGCCCCUCAUUUAGCCAGAUCAAACACUGGCUCAUCACAACCCUUAGGGGCAGUACCUAGUAAUUCUGGUCCUGGGGCUUUGCCUCCAUAUGCCCCUAAACUCUCAUCUUCAGCUGGCCUUCCCCCAGGAACUCCAAGUUCAGUUCUUAGUGGUAUUAGUUUGUAUGACUCUAGGGAAUGUGGUUCAUCAUCUACAUCAGAGCUAGCAUCAGAAAACACAGAGAACCAGAAAAAAAGUGGCGGUUUAGAAAGUAGUGACAAAAAUGACCCUUCUCCCGAAGAAGCAACCCUGCCACAGAAAAUCGCUCCAAACGUGGACGUCACUGUUGAUGGGCCAGCUGACCCACAGGCAGAUGUUCCCAGGAGUUCCGAUAUGGUUCAGGUCCCAGCAGUGCACAGUCUUCCAAUUCAGGCAUUAACAGGCUUAAUUAGACCCCAGUACAGCGAUCCAAGGCAGUCACGGCAGCCGGGACAGGUGAGCCCCACCCCAGAAAAUGAUCCCAGUAGAGAAACAGAUGACAAAUCUCUGAAAGAGGUUUUUAAAACUUUUGAUCCAACUGCUUCACCAUUUUGUUAGCUGUUGUGUAACUAAGCAGUUCUUUUCACUCUUGUGAUGCAGUCCUCUGCUGUUUUGUAACUGGUUUACCUCUAUAGUUUAUUUAUUUUUAAAUUAUAAACACUUUUCAGCUGCUAGUACCAGAACCACAUGAAGUUAUAUCCUCUAAAGCCUGUGGUAUUUUAUAUAAUAUUUUUAUAACUUUAAGAGACUGUAGUAACUGACAUAGAAACCUAUAUAUCAUGUUAGCGUCAUUAAAAGUACUUUUAUUGUAAAUAAACCAUCAUGAACUCAACACUCUGCCUGAAUAUAUGCCAGUUGUCUUUCAUAAUCAGUGUUUAGAGAAAUGAUUAUCACUUUUAUACUGUUAUUAGUUUCAAGCAAUAUAAUGUACAUUACUUUUGAGAAACAGUAUUUUGACUAGGAUCCUCUAUUUGUCAACACAGAACUGAUUAACAUGUAAUGCUAACUAUUAGCUAAAAUGUAAAAUGAAGAAAACAUUUUUAAAAUCACAGCAGAGAAGUUCAUGUUUAAAGUCAUCAUUUUUAUUAGUACUGGCAAUAUUAUUUGUGUAAAUGAAGCAUUUGGAUGUCAUAUCUUUUCAAAGUAUUUUAUGGUUAUACUGUAUCAUAGAUGUUGGAGAUACAUAAAUAGAAUGUUUUGCUAAAGUGAAAAAUCCCCAAGUUCUCUAACACGACUUUUUAAAUUUAAUUUUUCGUAUUAAAUAGUUAUAAGUUACUGCUGUGUUAUACUAUGCUGUCUGUGUUUCAAUGUUUUUUUGUCUUUAGCAGCGUAAUUUAUAUUACUUUUUCAAAUGAUGUAGCUGCAAUAAUUGUAUUCAUCAUGACUUUGGCAAUUUUUAACAAAAUUUUAAAAGAUCCAGUGAGAAUCUGUAGUGACUGUUGCAUUGAUAAUGUUUUAAAUGUCCAGGCUCUAUAUUUUUUCUUAAAUACCAAGGAAACAGAGAAAUGGUAUAGUCAACUGUAUACAGCAACCAAUAAAGACUCUCUUUCAGAUCUCACGUGACUGGCAUUCUGUAACAGAGGAAACUGCCUGAUGUUUUAAUGUAUUUAAUGUCCUCUUAGUUUGGAAACCUCUAAAGUUGAUUAGAAAUUGUAUUUUUAUGAGAAAAUAAUUUUCAUUCAUUCUUGUUUAUUUCUUGCAAUACAUGAACAAUAAUGGCCCUACUUAUUUUAUACAUAUAAUAUGUAUAACUACAACUAAGUAUUACACUUAGUUUCAGGGUAAGUGUCUAUAUUAAUAUCUUGAACUAAAGGUCUGUGACAGUGUUUACUGGUAACACUCCCAGUAAGUAACUUGAAAAAGAGCAUUUCAUUACAAGAGAUAAUGAAAGUAGAGGAUAUCAGUUCUUCAGAAGUGAUUUUAAAGUAUACAGCAACAUAUUUCUUUGGAAACAUAGCACUCAUACAGCAUAUUGUUUAAUACUAAUGUAUCUCCUUUCUAUUCCCUUCUUUGUACUAUUUUUUGCUCUGUUUCCCUCCUUAAAUGAGGUUGCAGUUAAGUGAAUAAGAGCUCUGCCUGCCCACCUAAGAAGUUCAUUGUGUUCUAAGUGGAAGGACAGUUGUUCAAGGGAAUGUGAGUUACUACUAUUUAUACUUUAGUUAUGUUGUUGUCUAAAAUGGUUCUGGAUAACAUUUUUUGGGAUUAAAGAUGCAGUUUAAAGCCACAGUAGAAAGUAUUUUUUUAUUUACUGUCCAAAUGAAUUUUAUUGUUAACUGAAAAGUCAAUAACAUGGAUAAGACUGGCGGGGAAAAAAAUAUAUAUAUAUACAUACACACUUAUAUUCCUAAGAAUAAUAUUUUAUCUGGAUAAAAUUGGUAAAAUUGCUGAAUUUUAGUAAUUAAAUUGCAAAUUUUAGCAAAUUUUGAAUUUGCCCUUGUAUUUUAUAAAUGUUAUAGAUAAUGCUGUUAACAUUUAAAACAUCAUACAACAAGGAUAAUUUGACUUAUUAAAGAGCAAAAUGGAACCAAAAUUUUUUCCAGAUUCUUAACAGAUCUUUUUUUUUUACUAAGAUAUUAAAAGAUUAGUUUAAAAGUAAGGUUUAAAAAUCAUUAAUACGGAGUUCUCUUGUGAUGUUAAGGAUUUGGCGUUGUCGUUGCAGCAGCUUGGGUCACUGCUGUGGGGAAGGUUCAGUCCCUGGCCCAGGAACUUCUACAAAUCAUGGCCAAAAAUUUUUUUAAAAAUUUAAAUCAUUAAUACAAAUUAUAAUGUUCAUUUACUUAGUACUGUUGAGCCCCUAUUACAUCAGCUAGUAUUCUGGAGCCUUUUUGACAAGAAAGUUUGACUUUACCUUCAAAUUCAACAAUGUAUAUUUAUGAAAUUUUGUUUUAUGGUUGAAAUAAUUAUUUUUUAUUCGUGAUGCUUUUUAAUUGAGAUAACUUUGCUUUAAGAGAUAUUAUAUCCUACCAUCCUGGAUUAUUUUAAUAUUCUUCUUUUUCAUAUUUUCUUACCAAAAUCUAAGUAGCCAAUUCCUCCAGUUAAUAAGUUCCUCUUUAAGGUGAAUUGGUGUUUUUAGAAGUCAUUUAAGUUGAUUUACACUGUUACACUGAAAAGUACAUUAUGUCUCUUUUCUCAGAGCCAAACAUUUACAGAUUAGAGAAAUAACUUCUGUCUGUUUUAGACUCAUUGAUUGAAAUGUAAUUUAACUAUUCACACUGGUUUGUGAGAAUUUUAUGCAUGUUCCCUUUGAGGUGACUAUAAUGGGAUAUAUUAGGGUGUUGAAUUGAGAUAUUAGACUGAGCAACUACCUGCUUUCCCAGUCUUAUUUAGUUUGCUCCCAAAUCCUACUUCUAGAACUUUCCCAGUAAGGACCUCAUUCUGAAUCUUGAAAGUGAACCAAAUGUUUGAACCAAGUGUUUUCAAACCCUGCCUCAGCAAUUAGGUCUGUUUCUGUACAGACCCUCCGUGUUGCCCAGAUGCAUGUGCCAAACCCUAGAAUUAGGUUGCAGCCAAAGCAGCCUAAUUGUAAAACGUUUGCCUAGGUUUCUGUUUGUUUUUAGCUUGCCAUAGGACUUUAGUAAUUUUCCUUGGUACUUAUUUUAAGAUGGAAGAAUAGUUGAUGAAUAAAGAAAUCCUCUUUGAGUGUUCAUAGAAGCCAUUUUGCUGAAUUAAUCAGAAGAGAGAGAGGUAGUAAAGGAGAACUUAUGAGGGCUGGAGACUUUAAGACAUUGAGUCCGUAUUCUUGUUCUGAAUUGAUUUAUAGGUGUUUUAUGUCAAUUUAUUAACUGUGAAAUGGGUAUAAUUUUGACUUCACAGAUUUGAUGUAAGGAGUGAAUGAUUUAUUAAAAUAUUUGUAAAUAUAAAAUUGCUUUGUAACUUUCACAAACAUAAUCUUUACAUUCCCACUGGGUUAAAUUGUACAGAUUCCAAAAUAACAUGAGAUAGUUUGUGUGGUUCACCUAUUUUGUGAAGUUUUAUUUAUUUUAAAUUAAAAAAAAAAUUUUUUUUUAAGGGCCCCAGCUGUGGCAUAUGGAAGUUCCCAGGCUAGGGGUCGAAUCGGAGCUGCAGCUGCAGGCCUACACCACAGCCACAGCGUCGUCAUGGGAUCUGAGUCACAUCUGCAACCUACACCACAGCUCAGGGCAACACCAGGCCAGGGAUGGAGCCCGCAUCCUCUGGGAUACUGGUCUGUUUUGUAACCUGCUGAGCCACAACAGGAAUUCCAAUUUUAUGAAGUUGUAGAUGAUACACUUUUAAGACACAGUAGAAUUGCCUUAGAAGUUGUUUCAGAGACUAUUAAUCCAUCAAAUUAGCAAUUUCCUUGAAUAUUUUGUGUAUCAGUGAGACACAGGACUUUCCUAGUUAAAGCUAUAUAGACUUGUAGUGUCUGUUCAAGAUCUGAAUUCUGCCCGUUUUGGUAUUAGAUACAGAUAGAUGGAGGGUAAAAAUCCUACGACAGUCCAUGUUUCUUGACGGGUUUGCUUAAAUCAUAGCAUGUGUGGUGUGGGCGAAGUGGCCAACUCAGUCAAUAUAGGGGCCACUGGCUCUUAGAAACAACAGCGAUGUUUACUCUCACCUCUUAAUCUAUGUGCAAGCAUGUGAUAUUGAGGGCUUUCUUAGUGACCAUUUGCUUAGUCAAGGUAUUAUUUUCCUUUAGUUUAUGGCAACUUGAAGUUUGGAAGUUCCUAUGGACCUGGCUGUGAGGUUUUGUCAGUAUCUUCCCAUUUGCACAACACAGAGUCUCAUGGUAGGGAUGUGGUCCCUGAGUUCACCCUUCUAGGCUGAGGGCUACACCUCAGAGGGUUGCCUCUGCUAAAGGCUAUACCUCGGAGGGAUGGUGUACGGUCAAGCAGUCCGCAGAUGGGGCCCCUGCAACUUUCAGUAAUUGGGCUUUCUGAGAAUUUCUAAAAUGAAGAAUUGUAAUUAUCUCCUCAGAAAUGGUUUGGCAGCACUUGAUAAUAUUAUCUUCAAAAUUUAGUAGUCAGUAGUAAACUUAAUUAGUUUAAUAAAUAAGGCUUAGUUUAGGACAUUUAAGCUUUGACAAAAUGUAACCAAAUAGGAUCUGAGUAUUUAAAACUAUUUUCCUGACUUGUGUGUUAUGAUUUAGCAUUUAUGUAAUGCCCUUUCCCCAAGUAGCUUAAUGUGAUUUGCAGAACCAGUUUCAGUAUCUUACCUAUGGCUGCAUUGCUGAGGCUAUGUUUUUGAGUUUGUCAUUUAUCAGCAGUAUCUGCCAGUUGUAACAAAAUCCAAAUUAACUUGCUUUUCUUGGGAAGGGUACAGACCUAAGAAAGGACUUUAGGUUAACAUCAACAUAACAUUUAGCAUUUCUAAUUUCCAAAUGAGAAAUAAAACGCACAUUACUCUACUGAUUUAAAGGCCUCUAUGAGGGCAUUAAGGUUGAGAGGACUGGUGAAAUUUACACUCCCUUAUAUUAUUUUGUCAGGGAUCUGACACAUAGUUUAUUGUGAAAGAAUUAAAUAUAUAAAGGCCCAGUUUUUUUUAAAUUAGCCAUGUUAUUCCCAAACUUCCAUUAUGAGCAAGAUCGUGGGGUUUGUUGUCAAUGCUGGACUAUACAUUAAAAGUAGAGAAGGUGAAAAAUAAUUAACUAUUAUUACAGGUGAGAGGUUUUAGUGUACCUCUAUUUUAUGGAAAUUUGCCCUCCAAAUGUUUGAGAAAGAAGUCAAAUAAGAUAGGAGAAUAUCUUUUCAUGAGGUAGAAUGAUAUUUCCUUUCAAAAUGACAAUCAAGAAAUCUUUAUACUUACUUGCCAAAGUUAAGAAAAUUUUACAUAUCUGACCCUUAAAGCCAUGGCUCCCCCAUUCAGAAAGGGCUCAGCAGAGAUGCAGGGUUCCAAGGCCCAGGUCAUUUUGUUUUCAGCCUAGGGCUGCCAUGCCUAUACAUGGUAAGGGCGUUGAUGGCACCUGUGUCCUAGGAUGUAGUGGAUGCAUGUGUUUGUGUGUUUGGAGAGGGGAAUGCUAUGUCUAGAUCUGUGGUCGCCCAUUUUCUAUCAGAUUUAUAAGCACUGUCUGUGGGCUGCAGUAGAGAUUAAACCUAUUCAUUAUGAGGUGGUAUAUUUUUAACUUCCUCUGUUAUUAUUUCAGUUCCCCAAGUUGUAGCUAAAAUGUUGGGGAAAUGCUGCCUUGACUGUUUCACUUUGGAGGGUUUUAUACCAGUUUCAUAAAUUAACUAAAUUAUUAAUCUACUAUCUGUUCAAAAGAUAUCAUCAAGGGGUAUACUUUGCUGAAUUGAUAAAUUAUUCUGCACAAGGACUAUCAAAGCACUUAGUAAAAUGAGGAAUAUCUUUUUUUCAUUCUCAUUUACUAAUAACUUUUCCAAGGUUGCAUUCUGUUUUUGCAAAUUUCUGUAGAUUUUUUUCUGUGACAUCUUUCUAUUAUCUGACUUUAAAUAAAAAUGUUUCUAAUGA